GAGGGCUUUCUUCCGCUUCCUGUCUGUGACGGAAGUUCCGGAAGAGCAGCUUCGCCGGCUUUUUUCUUUUGCCGGCGGAUCACCUCAGCUGGGCCGUCACCAUGAAGGCCAUCAUCCAGCGAGUCGCUCAGGCCAGCGUGACAGUUGCUGGAGAGCAAGUAAGCUCCAUUGGACAAGGCAUUUGUGUGCUACUGGGUAUCUCUGUGGAAGACACUCAGAAAGAGCUCGAACAUAUGGUUCGAAAAAUUUUAAACUUGCGUGUGUUUGAAGAUGAAAGCGGGAAACACUGGUCUAAAAGUGUCAUGGACAAGCAGUAUGAAGUGCUGUGUGUGAGCCAGUUUACUCUUCAAUGUAUCCUGAAAGGAAACAAGCCAGAUUAUCACAUGGCCAUGCCUACAGACCAAGCAGAAUCAUUCUAUAACAGUUUUGUGGAACACCUUCGCAAAACAUAUAAGCCAGAGCUGAUUAAAGAUGGCAAAUUUGGUGAAUACAUGCAGGUACAUAUUCAGAAUGAUGGACCUGUGACCAUAGAAUUGGAGUCUCCUACAGCUCCCAUUGACUCUAAGCAGUUGUCAAAACUUGAGAAACAGCAACAGAGAAAAGAGAAGACGAGAGUGAAGGUGCCCUCUGAAUCAAGUAGAGAAAGGAACGUUCCUAGAAGUAAAAAUGACCCCAGUGCAAGUAGUGGGGCUGAAGGAGAUGUUUCUUCAGAAAGGGAGCCUUAGCUUAUAAAAAGCAAGUUCAGAGGCUGCUGGUGACCUUCUGUACUCAUUAGUGGAUGACACCCAGUUCCUAUAUGAAAAAAAAAGAGUCAGAAAGAGACUUGGAA